GUUUAUAUAUAUUUCGCGAAUUUAGGCAAAUCAUCUUAUAGUGAUAUCCAACCUAAAUCAUUUCGACCUGAUAUUCGGGCUCCGAGUGAGAAAUAUACGAAUCAGCCGAUCCCAUUAUACUUGUAUAUAUGCUUUCAGGAGUUGAUGCAUGGGCGCUGAUUCGAGUAAACUUUAGCAAGAUGUCAAGCAAUAUUUGCAUAAAAUGCGUGUUCAUUGGACUAAUUCUCGCCGUAUUGCAGUGCGAAGGUUCAAGGGUAACGGUGAGGCUAAAAGGUCCAUUGAGUGAAAACGGUACUGGUCGAGUCGAAAUAUAUCACAAUGGAACCUGGGGGACAAUCUGCGAUGAUGGAUGGAAUAUCAGAGAUGCUAGAGUUGUAUGCCGUCAACUUGGCUAUCCCCUUGCUGUCAGAGCGCUUAAAGGUGACCAGGUUCCUUCAGGUUCUGGACCGAUAUGGUUAGAUGACGUCGUUUGUAGUGGGAAAGAACCGAACAUAGGAAGAUGCAUGCAUGAUGGAUGGGGAAAUAGCGAUUGCGAACACAACGAAGACGCCGGGGUAGAAUGCAGUUCCACAGUUGUUGCCGGUAAGCCUGGAUCAAUAAGAUUGCAAGGGCCAUCGAGUACAAAUGGAAAAGGGCGCAUUGAAGUGCUCCACGGUGGACAAUGGGGGACGAUCUGUGACGACGAGUGGGAUAUAAAUGACGCCAGAGUUGCAUGUCGUCAACUUGGUUAUUCUGAUGCAGUCAGACCACUUCAAGGGGGGCAGAUUCCUGCUGGUUCUGGACCCAUUUGGUUAGACGACGUCAUAUGUACGGGUGAAGAACAAGUUAUAACAAGUUGUUCUCACCGUGGAUGGGGUAACCAGGAUUGCAAACAUUCAGAGGACGCGGGAGUAGUCUGUAACACAACAGUUCUUCCCAAGCCUGGUUCACUCAGGUUACAAGGUCCUUUGAGUGCGAAUGGUACUGGUCGAGUUGAAGUAUUCUACGAGGGAGAGUGGGGGACAAUCUGUGAUGAUGAAUGGAGUUUUGAGGAUGCCAAAGUUGCAUGUAGACAACUUGGCUAUUUAGAUGCCCGUGAAGCUCUUCAUGGUGACCGAGUUCCAUCUGGUUCUGGACCUAUUUUGUUGGAUGGAGUCUCGUGUACUGGAUUAGAAAGAAAUUUAACAAGUUGUUCUCAUCAAGGAUGGGGAAUUCACGAUUGCAGCCAUUCUGAAGACGCUGGGGUUCAGUGCUUUACAACAGCUCUUUCAGAUAAACAUGGGACAUUGAGAUUACAAGGGCCAUUGAGUACAGUUGGACAGGGUCGCCUCGAAGUGUUCUACCUUGGAGAAUGGGGAACAAUUUGCGACGAUGAAUGGGAUAUAAAUGAUGCCAGGGUUGCUUGUCGUCAGCUUGGUUAUUCAGAUGCUGUUAGAUCGCUUUCUGGAUAUCAGGUUCCUUCCGGUACUGGACCUAUAUGGUUAAACGACGUUGGUUGUAUUGGAAAAGAACUAAAUAUAUCAAGCUGCUCUCACGCAGGAUGGGGCAUUGGAUAUUGCGGGCAUUCGGAAGAUGCUGGGGUAGAAUGUAAAACAACAGAUUUUGAAGUUACUAGUAAUCAAUCGCAAACACUGAGGUUACGAGGGCCAUCAAGUGCAAAUGGAACAGGUCGUGUUGAAAUUUUCCACAAAGGACUAUGGGGGACAAUUUGUGAAUAUGGUUGGGGUAUACAUGAUGCUAGGGUUGCAUGUCGUCAACUUGGGUACCUGGAUGCAUUUAGGCCUCUUACUGGAGGCGACGUACCUUCUGGAUCUUCUGGAGUUAUUUGGUUAAGUUACGUUCGUUGUUCUGGCCGGGAACAAAAUCUAACAAGUUGUUCUCACAAUGGUUGGGGAAAUACUGACUGCUCGAAUUCUCAAGACGCUGGAGUAGAAUGUAGUACAACAGCUCUUGCAGAUACGCCAGUUAUACUGAGGUUACAGGGGCCAUCGAGUGCAAAUGGAACAGGUCGUGUUGAAGUACUGUACAAUGGAGAAUGGGGAACAAUUUGUGAUUAUGGUUGGAGUUUAAGAGAUGCCAGGGUGGUAUGCCGACAACUUGGCUAUCCAGGCGCCUUUAAUGCUCUUCAAGGCGGGGAGGUUCCAUCAGGUUCUGGACGAAUAUGGUUAUCUUAUGUCAAUUGUAAUGGAGACGAACAAAAUAUAACAAGUUGUUUUCGUAAGGGAUGGGGAAAUCAACAAUGUGAACAUGACAAAGACGCUGGAGUUAAAUGCGCAACAGCAGACCCGAAUUUACCAGUCAGAUUACAAGGGCCAUUGAGUGCCAACGGCACCGGUCGCGUCGAAGUAUUUCACAAUGGAGAGUGGGGGACGAUCUGCGAUGAUAUUUGGGAUUUAGAACAUGCUAUAGUUGUGUGUCGUCAACUAGGGUAUCCAGAUGCCAUUGCGAAACUUGAUGGGGGGCAGGUUCCAUCUGGUUCUGGGCGUAUUUGGUUAGAUAACGUCGCUUGCACUGGGAAAGAGGAGAAUAUAGCAAUGUGUGAUCAUAAUGGUUUAGGAGUAAACGAUUGCUCACAUUCUGAGGACGCUGGAGUAAAAUGUGGAAGAACAGGUCUUUCAGAUAAACAUGGGACAUUGAGAUUACAAGGGCCAUUGAGUACAACUGGAAGAGGACGUGUUGAGGUAUUCUACCGUGGAGAAUGGGGAACAAUCUGCGAUGAUGAAUGGGAUAUAAAUGACGCCAGGGUUGUAUGUCGUCAACUUGGUUAUUCAGAUGCUCUUAGAUCACUUUCUGGAGAUCAGGUUCCUUCCGGUACUGGACCUAUAUGGUUAGAUAACGUUGGUUGUAUUGGAAAAGAACUAAAUAUAUCAAGCUGCUCUCACGCAGGAUGGGGCACUGAAGAUUGCAGCCAUUCGGAAGACGCUGGGGUAGAUUGCAAAAUAACAGAUAAACAUGGGACAUUGAGAUUACAAGGGCCAUUGAGUACAAUUGGACAGGGUCGUCUCGAAGUGUUCUACCGCGGAGAAUGGGGAACAAUCUGCGAUGAUGAAUGGGAUAUAAAUGAUGCCAGGGUUGCUUGUCGUCAACUUGGUUAUUCAGAUGCUCUUAGAUCACUUUCUGGAGAUCAGGUUCCUUCCGGUACUGGACCUAUAUGGUUAGAUAACGUUGGUUGUAUUGGAAAAGAACUAAAUAUAUCAAGCUGCUCUCACGCAGGAUGGGGCACUGAAGAUUGCAGCCAUUCGGAAGACGCUGGGGUAGAUUGCAAAAUAACAGAUUUUGAAGUUACUGGUAAUCAAUCGCAAACACUGAGGUUACGAGGGCCAUCAAGUGCAAAUGGAACAGGCCGUGUUGAAAUAUUCCACAAAGGACUAUGGGGGACAAUUUGUGAUGAUGGUUGGGAUAUAAAUGAUGCUAGGGUUGCAUGUCGUCAACUUGGUUACCCGGAUGCAGUUAGGCCUCUUACUGGAGGCGACGUGCCUUCUGGAUCUUCUGGAGUUAUUUGGUUAAGUUACGUUCGUUGUUCUGGCGGGGAACAAAAUCUAACAAGUUGUUAUCACAAUGGUUGGGGAGAUAAUGCGUGCUCGCAUUCUGAAGACGCUGGAGUAGAAUGUAGUACAACAGUUCUUGCAGAUAAGCCGGUUAUACUGAGGUUACAGGGGCCAUCGAGUGCAAAUGGAACAGGUCGUGUUGAAGUACUGUACAAUGGAGAAUGGGGAACAAUUUGUGAUAAUGAUUGGAGUUUAAGAGAUGCCAGGGUGGUAUGCCGACAACUUGGCUAUUCAGGCGCCUUUAAUGCUCUUCAAGGCGGCGAGGUUCCAUCUGGUUCAGGGCGCAUAUGGUUAUCUUAUGUCAGUUGUACUGGAGAAGAGCAAAAUAUAACAAGUUGUUCUCAUAAUGGAUGGGGAAAUCAACAAUGUGAACAUGACAAGGACGCUGGAGUUAAAUGCGCAACAGCAGACCCGAAUUUACCAGUCAGAUUACAAGGGCCAUUGAGUGCCAACGGCACCGGUCGUGUCGAAGUAUUUCACAAUGGAGAGUGGGGGACGAUCUGCGACGAUUAUUGGGAAUUAGAACAUGCUAUAGUUGUGUGUCGUCAACUAGGGUAUCAAGAUGCAAUUGCAAAACUUGAUGGGGGGCAGGUUCCAUCUGGUUCGGGGCGUAUUUGGUUAGAUAACGUCGCUUGCACUGGGAAAGAGGAGAAUAUAGCAAUGUGUGAUCAUAAUGGUUUAGGAGUAAACGAUUGCUCACAUUCUGAGGACGCUGGAGUAAAAUGUAGAAGAACAGAUCUUUCAGAUAAACAUGGGACAUUGAGAUUACAAGGGCCAUUGAGUACAAUUGGAAAGGGUCGUCUCGAAGUGUUCUACCGUGAACAAUGGGGAACAAUCUGCGAUGAUGAAUGGGAUAUAAAUGAUGCCAGGGUUGUUUGUCGUCAACUUGGUUAUUCAGAUGCUGUUAGAUCGCUUUCUGGAGAUCAGGUUCCUUCCGGUACUGGACCUAUAUGGUUAGAUAACGUUGGUUGUAUUGGAAAAGAACUAAAUAUAUCAAGCUGCUCACACGCAGGAUGGGGCAUUGAAGAUUGCAGCCAUUCGGAAGACGCUGGGGUAGAAUGUAAAACAACAGAUUUUGAAGUUACUGGUAAUCAAUCGCAAACACUGAGGUUACGAGGGCCAUCAAGUGCAAAUGGAACAGGCCGUGUUGAAAUAUCCCACAAAGGAGUAUGGGGAACAAUUUGUGAACAUGCUUGGGGAAUAAAUGAUGCCAGGGUUGCAUGUCGUCAACUUGGGUACCCGGAUGCAGUUAGGCCUCUUACUGGAGACGACGUACCUUCUGGAUCUUCUGGAGUUAUUUGGUUAAGUUACGUCAGUUGUUCUGGCCGGGAACAAAAUCUAACAAGUUGUUCUCAUAUUGGUUGGGGAAAUAAUGCCUGCUCGCAUUCUCAAGACGCUGGAGUAGAAUGUAGUACAACAGUUCUUGCAGAUACGCCGGUUACACUCAGGUUACAAGGGCCAUCGAGUGCCAAUGGAACAGGUCGUGUUGAAGUACUGUACAAUGGAGAAUGGGGAACAAUUUGUGAUAAUGGUUGGAGUUUAAGAGAUGCCAGGGUGGUAUGCCGACAACUUGGCUAUUCAGGCGCCUUUAAUGCUCUUCAAGGCGGCGAGGUUCCAUCAGGUUCUGGACGAAUAUGGUUAUCUUAUGUCGGUUGUACUGGAGAAGAACAAAAUAUAACAAGUUGUUCUCAUAAUGGAUGGGGAAAUCAACAAUGUGAACAUGACAAAGACGCUGGAGUUAAAUGCGCAACAGCAGACCCGAAUUUACCAGUCAGAUUACAAGGGCCAUUGAAUGCCAACGGCACCGGUCGUGUCGAAGUAUUUCACAAUGGAGAGUGGGGGACGAUCUGCGAUGAUAAUUGGGAUUUAGUGCACGCUAGGGUUGUGUGUCGUCAACUAGGGUAUCCAGAUGCCAUUGCAAAACUUGAUGGGGGGCAGGUUCCAUCUGGUUCGGGGCGUAUUUGGUUAGAUAACGUCGCUUGCACUGGGAAAGAGGAGAAUAUAGCAAUGUGUCGUCAUAAUGGUUUGGGAGUAAACGAUUGCUCACAUUCUGAGGACGCUGGAGUAAAAUGUAGUAGAAGAGGUCUUUCAGAUAAACAUGGGACAUUGAGGUUACAAGGGCCAUUGAGUACAAUUGGAAAGGGUCGUCUCGAAGUGUUUUACCGUGAAGAAUGGGGGACAAUCUGCGAUGAUGAAUGGGAUAUAAAUGAUGCCAGGGUUGUUUGUCGUCAACUUGGUUAUUCAGAUGCUGUCAGAUCGCUUUCUGGAGAUGAGGUUCUUUCCGGUACUGGACCUAUAUGGUUAGACGACGUUGGUUGUAUUGGAAAAGAACUAAAUAUAUCAAGCUGCUCUCACGCAGGAUGGGGCAUUGAAGAUUGCAGCCAUUCGGAAGACGCUGGGGUAGAGUGUAAAACAACAGAUUUUGAAGUUACUGGUAAUCUAUCGAAAACUCUGAGGUUACGAGGACCAUCGAGUGCAAAUGGAACUGGCCGUGUUGAAAUAUUCCACAAAGGACUAUGGGGGACAAUUUGUGAUGAUGGUUGGGGUAUAAAUGAUGCUAGGGUUGCAUGCCGUCAACUUGGGUACCCGGAUACAUUUAGGCCUCUUACUGGAGAAGACGUACCUUCUGCAUCUUCUGGAGUUAUUUGGUUAAGUUACGUUCGUUGUUCCGGCCGGGAACAAAUUCUAACAAGUUGUUCUCACAAUGGUUGGGGAAAUAAUGCCUGCUCGCAUUCUGAAGACGCUGGAGUAGAAUGUAGUACAACAGUUCUUGCAGAUAAGCCUGUGACACUAAGGUUACAGGGACCAUUGAGUGGAAAUGGAACAGGUCGUGUUGAAGUACUGUACAAUGGAGAAUGGGGAACAAUUUGUGAUAAAGGUUGGGAUUUCAGCGAUGCCAGGGUUGUAUGUCGACAACUUGGCUAUCCGGGCGCCGUUAAUGCUCUUCAAAGCAAUGCUCCAUCUGGUACCGGGCGAAUAUGGUUAUCUUAUGUCGCUUGUACCGGAGAGGAAGGAAAUAUAGGAAGUUGUUCUCAUAAUGGGUGGGGAAAUCAGCAGUGUCAACAUAACGAAGACGCUGGUGUUAAAUGCACAACAGAAGCUCUUUCAGAUAAAGUUGGGACAUUGCGGUUACAAGGGCCAUUGAGUACAAUUGGAAGAGGUCGUGUUGAGGUAUUUUACCGUGGAGAAUGGGGAACAAUCUGCGAUGAUGAAUGGGAUAUAAAUGAUGCCAGGGUUGUUUGUCGUCAACUUGGUUAUUCAGAUGCUGUUAGAUCGCUUUCUGGGAAUGCGGUUCCUUCCGGUACUGGACCUAUAUGGUUAGACGACGUCGGUUGUUUUGGAAAAGAACUAAAUAUAUCAAAGUGUACUCACGCAGGAUGGGGUAAUCAAAAUUGCGGGCAUUCGGAAGAUGCUGGAGUAGUAUGUAAAACAUCAGAUUUUGAAGUUACUGGUAAUCAAUCGCAAACACUGAGGUUACGAGGGCCAUUGAGUGCAAAUGGAACAGGCCGUGUUGAAAUAUUCCACAAAGGACUAUGGGGGACAAUUUGUGAACGUGGUUGGGAUUUAAGCGAUGCUAGGGUUGCAUGUCGUCAACUUGGGUACCCGGAUGCAAUUAGGUCUCUUACUGGAGACGACGUACCGUCUGGAUCUUCUGGAGUUAUUUGGUUAAGUUACGUCCGUUGUUUUGGCCGAGAACCAAAUCUAACAAGUUGUUCUCACAAUGCUUGGGGAGAUAAUACCUGCUCGCAUUCUGAAGACGCCGGAGUAGAAUGUAGUACAACAGACUCGAAACUGUCAAUCAGGUUGCAGGGGCCACUAAAUGCUACUGGUAUUGGUCGUGUUGAAGUGUUUUAUGACGGACAGUGGGGAACGAUCUGUGAUGAUCGCUGGGGAUUGGACGAUGCUAGGGUUGUGUGUCGUCAACUUGGUUUUUCAGAUGCCGUGAGAGAACUCCCAGGGGGUUUGGUUCCAUCUGGUUCUGGGCGUAUUUGGUUGGAUGAAGUCGCCUGUAUUGGAGAAGAACGAAACAUAGCAAUGUGUGACCAUAACGGUUAUGGAAAUCAUGAUUGCUCACAUUCUGAAGACGCCGGAGUAAUAUGUAGGAGUACAGGUACCUGGAACCAAUCGCUAGCACUGAGAUUACAAGGGCCAUUGAGUGCUAAUGGAACAGGUCGCGUUGAAGUGUUCUACAGAGGACAAUGGGGAACAAUCUGUGAUAAUGAAUGGGAUAUAACAGAUGCCAUUGUUGCAUGCCGUCAACUUGGGUAUGCGACUGCAGUCAGAUCUAUUCCUGGGGGGGAGGUUCCUCCUGGGACUGGACCUGUUAUGUUAUCUAAAGUCCGUUGCACUGGCCAAGAACAGGAUAUAAGAAGUUGUCCUCACAAUGGGUGGGGAAACAAUGACUGCUUACACUCUAAAGAUGCCGGGGUAGAAUGUAGAGCAACAGUUGUUACUAAGCCUGCGACGCUGAGAUUACAAGGUCCUGAUAAUGCAUAUGGAAAAGGCCGUGUGGAGGUAUUCUACAAUGGACAAUGGGGAACAAUCUGCGAUGAUAGAUGGGAUAUGAAUGACUCCAAGGUGGUAUGUCGCCAACUUGGAUAUUCAGGUGCUUUAAGAUAUCUCCAAGGUGGUCAGGUUCCAUAUGGUUCUGGACCCAUAUUUUUAGACGAAGUUUCGUGUGAUGGAACGGAGCAAAGUUUAGCAAAUUGUUCUCAUCCAGGAUGGCGAGUGCAUGAUUGCAGUCAUUUCGAAGACGCUGGUGUUGAAUGCCUUAGAGAAGAUUCAUCAACGUAUGGAUCAAUUAGGUUACAAGGCCCAUUAAGUGCAAAUGGAACAGGUCGUGUUGAAGUCUUUCAUAGCGGACUAUGGGGGACAAUUUGUGAUGAUGGAUGGGAUAUCAAAGAUGCCAAAGUUAUAUGUCGUCAACUUGGUUAUCCAGAUGCAGUGAGAUCUCUUGGUGCGGGCCUGGUUCCUCCAGGAUCUUUUGAACCGGUUUGGUUAGCUCACGUCAAUUGUACAGGUAGAGAACAAAAUCUAACAAGCUGUUCCUAUGCUAGAUGGGGUAAUACUGGUUGCUCACACUCUGAAGACGCUGGAGUAGAAUGUAGUACAACAGUUCGUCCAAAGGAUGGAUUACUUAGGUUACGAGGACCUUCGAGUGCAUACGGAAAUGGUCGUGUUGAAGUAUUCUACAAUGGCCAGUGGGGCACAAUCUGUGAUGAUAGAUGGGAUAUUGAAGAUGCUAGAGUCGCAUGUCGCCAGCUUGGCUAUUCAGAUGCUCUUAAAGCUCUUCAGGGCGGCCGAGUUCCAUCUGGUUCUGGACCAAUACUGUUGGAUGAAGUCUCGUGUACUGGAAUAGAAAGAAAUUUAACAAGUUGUUCUCAUCAAGGAUGGGGAAUUCACGAUUGCAGCCAUUCUGAAGACGCUGGUGUUGAAUGCAUUACAAAAGCUAUUUCAGAUAAAGAUGGAUCAUUGAGGUUACAAGGGCCAUCGAGUGCAAAUGGUAGAGGUCGUGUUGAAGUUUUCUACAAUGGACAAUGGGGUACAAUCUGCGAUGAUGAAUGGGAUAUAAAUGACGCCAGGGUUGUUUGUCGUCAACUUGGUUAUUCAGAUGCUGUUAAAUCGCUUUCGGAGGACAAGGUUCCUUCUGGUUCUGGGCCUAUAUGGUUGGACGACGUCAGCUGUACUGGGGCAGAAUUUAAUAUAUCAAGCUGUUCUCAUGGAGGUUGGGCCAAUCAGGAUUGCGCGCAUGCGGAGGACGCUGGUGUGGAAUGCAAAACAGCAGAUGUGACAAAGCCUGGGGCAUUAAGGUUGCAAGGACCUCUGAGUAAAAAUGGGAAUGGUCGCAUCGAAAUAUUCUACAACGGACAAUGGGGAACAGUCUGCGAUGAUAAAUGGGAUAUAAAAGACGCUAAUGUUGCAUGUCGCCAACUCGGUUAUUCAGGUGCCUUUAAGGCUCUACAAGCCAGCCAGGUUCCCACUGGUUCUGGACCUAUACUGUUAGAUGACGUCUCGUGUACUGGAACAGAACCAAAUUUAACAAGUUGUUCUCAUCUGGGAUGGGGAAUUAGUGAUUGCAGUUCUUCUGAAAACGCUGGCGUGCUAUGCUUUACAGAGGACAUGAAAUUACAACUACGGUUACAAGGACCUCUAAGUGCGAAUGGUACUGGUCGUGUUGAAGUGCUCUACAACGGACAAUGGGGAACAAUCUGUGAUGAUGGGUGGGAUUUGCAGGACGCUAGAGUUGCAUGUCGGCAACUCGGUUAUGCAGACGCAGUCGUGGAACUUGAUGGGAGCCAGGUUCCAUCUGGUUCUGGGCGUAUUUGGUUAGAUAACGUCGCCUGUACUGGCGAAGAAGAAAAUAUAGCAGAAUGUCCUAGUAACGGUUUAGGAAAUGAAGACUGUUCCCAUUCCGAAGACGCUGGAGUUGAAUGUAGCAGAACAGUUCUUGUAGAUAACCCUGUGCAACUGAGAUUACAAGGGCCAUUGAGUAAGAAUGGGACAGGUCGUGUUGAAGUAUUCUUUGCUGGAGAAUGGGGAACAGUUUGUGAUGUUGGAUGGGACAUACAAGAUGCAAAGGUUGCAUGUCGACAACUUGGUUAUCGAAAUGCCAUCAGACCUCUUCAAGGCGACCAGGCUCCCUCUGGUUCAGGGCGUAUAUGGCUACAAGAGGUUUCGUGUACUGGGGAAGAACAAGAUAUCACCAGUUGUUCGCAUCCCGGAUGGGGAAAACAAAGUUGCGAACAUUCCAAAGACGCUGGAGUAGAGUGCAGUAACGAAGAUAUACCUCCUGUGGCAAUCAGGUUACAAGGUCCUUCGAGUGAACUUGGAAAAGGUCGUGUUGAAGUAUUCUUCAACGGACAAUGGGGAACAAUUUGUGGUAAUGGUUGGGAUUUGAAUGAUGCUAGGGUUGUAUGUCGUCAACUUGGCUAUACGGAUGCAUUUAGAACACUUGGCCAGGUUCCUCCUGGUUCCGGACCUAUAUGGUUAGAUGAGCUUGAAUGUAGUGGGGAAGAACAAAAUAUAACAACAUGUUUUCAUCCCGGUUGGGGAAAUCACGAUUGCAGCCAUUCUGACGAUGCUGGAGUAGAGUGUAAAACAGCAGGUAAUGUUUUAUCACUAAGGUUAGAAGGACCAUCGAGUGUGAAUGGUACUGGUCGCGUUGAAGUGUUAUACAAUUCGGAAUGGGGGACAAUCUGUGAUGAUUUUUGGGAUAUGAAUGAUGCUAGGGUUGUAUGUCGUCAUCUUGGUUAUCCAAGUGCCGUAAGGAGUCUUCGAGGAGGCCAGGUCUCGCCUGGUUCUGGACCUAUUUGGUUAGAUGAUGUUGAAUGUACUGGGGAAGAACAAAAUAUAGCAAAUUGUUCUUAUAAUGCUUUGGGAUUUCAUGAUUGCGACCAUUCGGAAGACGCUGGAGUUGAAUGUAGCACGACAGAUUCAUCAACGUAUGGAUCAAUUAGGUUACAAGGCCCAUUGAGUGCAAAUGGAACAGGUCGUAUUGAAGUAUUUCAUAAUGGACAAUGGGGAACAAUCUGUGAUGACGAAUGGGAUAUAGAAGAUGCUAGGGUUGCAUGUCGUCAACUUGGUUACCAGAGUACAGUCAGAGCUCUUCAAGGGUCCCAAGUUCCUUCCGGUUUUGGCCCCAUAUGGUUAGAGAACGUCAUUUGUAGUGGCAAGGAAGAACAAUUAACAAGUUGUCCUCAUCGGGAAUGGGGAGAUCAUGAUUGCUCUCAUUCCGAAGACGCUGGAGUGGAAUGUAGUACAAGUGAUCCCUCCCCAAUGAAGACCAUCAGAUUAAAAGGGCCAUCAAGUAGCAUUGGUAAUGGUCGCAUCGAAGUCUAUCACAAUGAACAAUGGGGAACAAUCUGUGAUGAUAACUGGGAUAUCGAAGAUGCUCAGGUUGCGUGUCGUCAGCUUGGUUAUACAGAUGCUGUUCGAGCACUUCCCGGGCGUGAGGUUCCUUCUGGUUAUGGACAACCUAUAUGGCUAGAUGAAGUCAAUUGUAGUGGAGAAGAACAAGAUAUUGCAAGUUGUUCCAAUCCCGGAUGGGGGAAUACAGAUUGCGGGCAUUCGGAAGACGCUGGUGUAGAAUGUUCUUCAGUAGAAAUAAACAUAUCGGUGAGGCUAAGAGGGCCCUUAAGCGAAUCUGGUACUGGUCUUGUGGAAAUACUCUACAACAAAACCUGGGGUACCAUCUGUGAUGAUUCCUGGGAUGUAUACGACGCCAGGGUUGUAUGUCGUCAACUGGGUUAUCCAGAUGCUGUUAGUGCACUCACAGGACAUAAUCCUCCUGGCAUUGUGACAUCGGAUAUGUGGUUAGACGACGUCGAUUGCACAGGGAAUGAAGAAAAUAUAAAGCGCUGUUAUCAUCUUGGAUGGGGAAAUCAUAAUUGUGAUAGUUCAGAAAACGCUGGUGUCGUAUGCAAAAGGGAAGGCAAACCAAGAACAUUAAGGUUGCAAGGACCACUGAGUGCAAAUGGAAAAGGUCGUGUCGAAGUUCUCUACAAUAGCCAAUGGGGAACAAUCUGUAGUGAUGAAUGGAGUAUGAAGGAUGCUAAGGUUGCCUGUCGUCAACUUGGAUAUCCCGAUGCAGUCAGAUCUCUUCAUUAUUGGCAGGUCCAUUCGGGUUCUGGACCUAUAUGGUUAUCUCGUGUCAAUUGUGUUGGAGCAGAACAAAAUAUCUCAGUUUGUCCCCACGGUGGCUGGGGAGGCCAUGCUUGCUCACAUGAAGAAGAUGUUGGAGUGGAAUGUAGUUCAACAGCUCUUGUAGAUAAGCCUGUGACGCUGAGAUUAAGAGGACCAUCGAGUGCAAGUGGGAAAGGUCGUGUUGAAGUGUUCUACAAUGGACAAUGGGGAACAAUUUGUGAUAAUGGAUGGGACAUAAACGAAGCUAGAGUUGUAUGUCGUCAACUUGGUUAUCUUGAUGCCGCGAGAGCUCUUAAAGGCGACCAAACAUCUUCAGGCACUGGUCAUAUUUGGCUACACCGUGUUGAAUGCACAGGAGUGGAAGAAAAUUUAGCUAAUUGUUCUUAUUCUGAUUGGGGGAGUGGAGAACUGCACUGCUCACAUAACAAUAACGCUGGAGUACAAUGUAUUUCAGUCGCCCCAGGUAGACCUGGUUCACUCAGGUUACAGGGACCACAAAGUGCAAAUGGAACUGGUCGUGUUGAAGUACUCCACGAUGGACAAUGGGGAACAAUUUGUGAAAAUGGAUGGGAUAUAAAUGACGCAAGGGUAGCUUGUCGUCAACUUGGUUAUCCAGAUGCUGUUAGAGCUCUUCCUUGGUACGAUGUACCUCAAGGCUCUAGGAGUGUGUGGUUGGAGGAGGUCGCUUGUACCGGAAGAGAAGAAAAUAUAAAUGGUUGUGCUCAUCCCGGAUGGGGAAAUAGUGACUGCGUGCAUGAUGAAAGCGCCGGAGUUGAAUGUAAUACAACAGUCGAUUUCUUUACCGUGUUUUUACUGGUAAACGAACAUCAUGGUGAUGUACACGUCUCUACAGAUAACUCCCAUCAGCAAGAAUAUUUCAGAAUCGAACCGACAAAAACAGUGGUGAAAAGUAAAAAAUGGAAGACAACAAAUUUGUUGGCAAUAAGUGCAGUCGAUGCUGGUACGAACCGAAAGGUUCACAUCAAUGGCCAAUCUGUUGUGUAUCUGAAACCGGCUAUUAAGAAAAAGGUUUCGUUGAACGUUCUCCUCAUCCAAGCACCGAAAUCUAUGGAACGAAGUGUUCCGUAAACUCCUAAUUGUCGAAGAUGAAGACUCAGUUGAAUUACAUUUAAUUAUUGGUAAUGAUUUUCUCAUUGUAGUUCUCAGGCGAGGUAAAUUGUACUUAUUAUUAUUAGAAGUUGUGCUAAAGUAAAUUGCACUAAUGGUACGAAAGUACUGAAUUGUACUUACUUACUAUUAUAGAUUAAAAUUUAAAACACCUGCAAAUGAUAUUUUUUGGCUAGAUUAAUUUACUUCGUAUUUUUGAUGCUGAUUUCAAUGUCUCAACUUGGAGCUAUAAAAUUGAUUAGAAAAAUUUGUGAUUUAACUAUACGUAAAUUAAAAAAUUGCAAUUAAA